AAAUGGGGUGUGGAAUGGAGAUCUCAACUUUCCUGCUGUCCAGUCUGGCCGUGCUGCUCGUGGGAAGGGACAUUUUCACCAGGGCCAUGCUGAGUGACAUUGGGGACUAUGUAGGUACAGACAUUGAAAUAUCCUGGUUACCAAAUCUGGAUGAUUUAAUGAAGGGCUAUGCCAGAAAUUUUCGCCCUGGGAUAGGAGGUCCCCCAGUGAAUGUGGCCAUGGCUAUUGAAGUGGCCAGCAUAGACCACAUUUCUGAAGCUAACAUGGAAUACACCAUGACCGUGUUCUUGCGGCAGAGCUGGCACGAUGACCGCCUGUCCUACAAUCACACCAACAAGACUCUGGGGCUGGACAGUCGCUUCGUGGACAAGCUGUGGCUGCCCGACACCUUCAUCGUCAACGCCAAAUCUGCUUGGUUUCACGACGUGACCGUGGAGAACAAGCUGAUCCGCCUGCAGCCCAAUGGAGUCAUUCUCUAUAGCAGCCGAAUCACUUCCACCGUGGCCUGUGACAUGGACCUCACCAAGUAUCCCAUGGAUGAACAGGAGUGUAUGCUGGAUUUGGAGAGCUAUGGUUACUCCUCAGAGGACAUCGUCUACCACUGGUCGGACAGUCAGAGAAACAUUCACGGACUCGACAAACUGGAGCUCUCUCAGUUCACCAUCACAGAUUACCGCUUUGUCACAGAAAUGAUGAACUUCAAGUCGGCGGGACGAUUUCCAAGGCUCAGUCUUCGCUUCCAGCUCAGACGUAACAGAGGUGUCUACAUCAUCCAGUCGUACAUGCCUUCAAUCCUCCUGGUUGCCAUGUCUUGGGUGUCCUUUUGGAUCAGCCAAUCAGCAGUUCCCGCUCGUGUAACCUUAGGGAUCACAACAGUUCUCACCAUGACCACCCUGAUGGUGAGCGCCCGCUCCUCCUUGCCUCGAGCAUCCGCCAUCAAAGCCUUGGACGUCUACUUCUGGAUCUGCUAUGUGUUUGUAUUUGCGGCACUAAUUGAAUACGCCUUCGCUCACUACAACGCUGACUACCGGCUCAAAGAGAAGGCCAAGGUGAAGGCAAACAAGCUCAGCUCCGAGUCUGUUGUAAAGAACGGCAAACAGGCCAUGGUUCUGUUUUCCCUCUCCGUCACCGGCAUGAAUCAGGGCGUCGUCGUUUCUAAUCGCCACAGCCGGUCGCAGCGCGCCAGCAGUGAAAUCCCCGGGGAGGGAGGCUCGGAGGAGCCCGAGCCGAGCAGGAGAAGGUCCAGGCCGGCGGAGGAAAGCGAGGAGGACAAAAAGUGUUGCUCCAAGUGCGUCUGCAAGCCCAUCGACGCGGACACCAUCGACAUCUACGCCAGGGCUGUGUUCCCUUUCACUUUCGCCGUGGUGAAUGUGAUCUACUGGGUGGCGUACACAAUGUGAAGAGGAGAGAAAGGCUGCCAUUCAGAGCUGUAACGUAAUAAACUGCUGGAGUUGGCAGACCGGAGCAGCCGACUAAAUACUGCAGGCUUCAGCAAAAGGAAAACUUCAGAAGACUUGAAGUGAAAAUAGACAUUUGGUAAUUACUGAAAGCAGUUAUGAGUUGAAAACACUGUUCGGAUGACUUAAAUAUAGUUGUACGAAGGCAAAGUAAUAAACUGCCUGUUGGGAGUUCACAUAAACACCGAAAACAUUAAUUAUAACCAGAUUUUCAUCUAGCUUUAUGGACAAUGAAGAAAUAACUCUUAAAACCAAACGGUCACAGUUAACCUGAUGUUCCUCCGUGGGCUGCCUGUUAUCUGACAACGCAACACUCGUCUGAGGAGAGAGGAUGACGAGAUGAGGUGUUCUGCUGUUCUGCAUGGCUGAUAACUUAUUCACCCUCUUCCUCCACCAUCACUA